UACUUACUCUUCUACAGAGACCAAAACCCAUAGUGAAUUGUGCAUUUUUUUUUAAUCCACCCUCUUGCUGCCUUACACCAAAGUGCCCAAACCAAAUUUUUUUUUACCAUAAAUCAACAAAAAUGGCUUCACUGAAAAUCAUCCUUCUGUUCGUUGCGGCGAUCGUUGCUGUUGUUAGUGCGGCAUCAACCCCUCUUGCAGCCCGCGCCAUUCCACAGAAUCAAGCUGAAGUCUUACAAGGAAGUGCAGCAGAGGCCCCUGGAGAUCUCAAAGGUUCCGCCUCGUAUGGCUAUGGAUUCUACGGCGGAUACCCUGGAUUGGGAGGCUAUGGACUUGGCUAUGGCUACCCCUACAGUGGAUUUGGCUAUGGUGGCUAUGGUGGAUACGGUGGAUACGGUGGAGGCUGGGGCGGAUACUACGGCUACCCCUACUACAGGAACUGGGGUGGUCUCUAUGGUGGCUACUGGUACUAAAUGACCAUAAACUAUGUCCAGAUUAACCAUCAAAUGCGCGCAUGAAAAAAAAAACGACACAUUGAGCCCCUCCCCCCUAUUUGACUUUACAUUCUCUCCUACACUACACCACUCUGCUUUACCUUUACCUAAAGACUUUAGUACAUGAUUUAUUCGCGACUCAGACUCAUCGGUCAGGCAUAAGGCGGAAAAUCUGCGACAGUUUAUCUUCUUCGAUCAACACGUUUUAUGCAUUUUUCUCACUUUGCACACAUGUGAAAUGGAAACUGACCUCAUUUUUCUUUUCUUGUUGUACCAUCAUAUAGAUUUCAUCAUCUAAUCAACGAUCUCAGUGGCCAUCAAAUUGGUAAACGCAUAAGAAAUCUUGACAUUGGAAACUAAAAACAUGCAUUGAAUCAUUUUUGUCUCUUCCUUUUUUUAAUCACUUUCCCUUUCAUUUGUGUGUUCAACUUCUUAGAAAAAAAUAUAUAAUGUAUAAAAGAUGUCUGUCGCCGAAGAACAUCGCUUUUUACAAGUUUUUUUUUGUAUGAAAUAUUUGCCUUUUUUAGCUCUAUCUUUAUUUUCUUUGUAAUAAAAUCUUUCUUCUCUA